ACUCAAAAUGCACAGUUCAUACUAGAGAUUAUAAAACUAGUGUGUAUAAAUAUGAAAUAUGCUCAAAAACAGAUGAAAUAUGUCAACAUACUCUGCUUAAAUGCUUCAAUUGCAAAGAAGAAUAUGCAUCUAACUCAAAGAAAUAUGUAUUUACUUCAAGAACUCAGAAGAACUGAAGAAAAGAUAAAGCUCAAA